AUAUUGGAUUCUGCUUUUUCCUUUUCACGUUUCCGAUUUCUUCUGGAACUUUUGAGAGCCAACGUUUAUAUCUCUUCUAGUCCUCAUCGAAGAUUCCAAUCAGCUAAGAGAUGGCUGCCAAUAAAGAUGAAUUCUCCGUCAAGCAAAUCUCUCCAAAGCUGGGAGGAGAAAGAGGAGCUCGAAACCCUUACGGCCCAACUUCUUUACACGACCUCGUCGAACAGAUGGAGUUUCUUUACGUAGAUGUAAUCCGAGCCAUCAAGAACUCUGAUGUAGACCCUGGACCAUGUGACCCCGUCGUCGAAAUCACUCUCGGAAACUACAAAUCCUCUACCAAAGAUCUGCCAGUUGGACCAAAUAUGGAUUGGAACCAAGUCUUUGCUUUCGACAAAACCAAAGGUGAUGUCUUGUCGGUUACUCUUAAAGACCGUCUGACCAAUACCGUAAUAAACAAGUCCAACUUCAAGCUGGCCUCGGAAAUUCCGACUAGGGCUCCUCCCGAUGCAAGAAUCGCGCCUCAACGGUACCCUUUGCGUAAUACCAAAACCGGUUUUUACUUGAUGAUGUCAGUUUGGUUCGGUACACAAGUUGAUGAGGUUUAUCCAGUGGCUUGGUUCUCAGACGCUUCUGAAGUGAGCACUUGCGUGAUCAACACGCGACCUAAGGUCUACCUAGCUCCAAGGCUCUGUUAUGUUAGGGUUACCAUUGUUUCUGGUCACGAUUUGAUUUCCACGGAUAGAAACCGGACUCCUUCGGUUUAUGUGACAGCUACUCUAGGUCAAGUCACUCUAAAAACGGAAGUUUCUUCCGGGACGAACCCGUCAUGGAACAAGGAUCUAAUCUUUGUUGCAUCAGAGCCGUUAGAAGGAACUGUCUACAUUAGGUUAAUAGACAGAGUCGACGAUCAACACGAAGAACGCAUAAUAGGGAAGUUAGAGAAGAAGCUCUCAGAGAUGACUCCGCUCAAAGUUCCAAGUUCCGCACCGGCUUUGUUCUACGACAUUGAGGUCGAACCAGCAGGUGAUUCUAGGAGGUUCGCCAGCAGACUCAAGAUGAAACUAGCCACUGAUCAAGCUUAUCACGUCGCUGAGGAAAGCAUUCAAUACUCGAGCGACUAUAGACCUUUUGUUAAAGGGUUGUGGCCAUGUCUGCUCGGGAAAUUAGAAAUUGGGAUUUUGGGUGCGACGGGUUUAAAGGGAAGCGACGAGAGAAAACAGGGCAUUGACAGUUAUGUAGUGGCUAAAUACGGGAAUAAAUGGGCCAGGACUCGAACCGUGGUUAAUAGUGUCACACCCAAGUGGAACGAGCAGUAUUCGUGGGAUGAUUACGAGAAGUGUACGGUAUUAACCCUUGGAAUCUACGACAAUCGACAAAUCUUUAAAGAGGAUCAGGCGAACGAUGUUCCGAUCGGGAAAGUGAGGAUUUCAUUGAACCGUGUAGAAAGUGACUGGAUUUAUGCUUGCUCGUAUCCAAUUCUGAAGUUGGGAAGCAGCGGACUGAAGAAAAUGGGAGAGCUUCAGCUCGCGGUUCGCUUUGUUUAUGUUGCGCAAGGGUAUGCACGGUAUUCAGCUCCUUUCCGUUGGUUGUUACCGAAAGCUCAUUACAAAUCUCCAUUGUCGGUGUAUCAGAUCGAAGAGAUGAGAGCAGAAGCUGUUAAGAUUAACUGUGCGAAUCUUGCGAGAACAGAGCCGGCGUUGAGAAACGAGGUCGUGUGGGAUAUGUUGAAGCCGAAGAGUAAGAGUUUCAGUCUGAGAGUAACCAAAGUUAAUUGCGAGAGGUCAUAGAAUCUUUAGGGCACUAUACGGUUGGUGUGGUUGGUUCUUAGCGAAUACCAGAUACUCAACAUGUGAUAUGCGGAAAGUUGCUGCGCUUGCUUUCUUUGAUCUAUUUCUUUAUUGGCCCUCUUUGAUAGUUUGGUUGGCGAUUUACUUAGUUGUUGUGCCUUGCAUAGUACUUGUAGGUCUUUCGGGAUUACACAAGUUCCUGACACGAAAGUUUUGGAACAAGAGAGAAAAUCCUCGUUCUCCAUUGAUUGUCAACGACUUGAAGCUCUGGAAACUCGAAUCGCCAAACCUAGAUGAGUUAGAGGAAGAGUUUGACUCGUUCCCGUCGUCGGUGAGCGAUGUGAACAUUCUGCGGAUGAGGUACGAUAGAAUAAGGAUGGUUUGUCAGAGACCGAUGAUAUUACUGGGCGAUGCUGCGUCACAAGGUGAAAGGCUUUACGCUCUCUUAACGUUUAAUGGCGAUGAUCAAUUGGCUUCGUUUUACUGCUGGCUCAUAUGUGUUUUGGUCGCGCUCUGCUGGUACAAUAUACCGAUGUGGCUUUGGUCUCUCUACCCUAUCGCAUAUUGGCUUAAUUUCACGCCCUUACGCAACGAUAUGCCCUGUGGAGUCAGCAACUUCUUCCGAAGAUUGCCCACAAACGAAGUAUUGUUCUGAUGAAUCUCUCUCUCUCGCCAUGAGUAGUAACACGCGGAUUCUUGGGCUUUUCUAUUU